GGCUGGUGCGGGAGCUGCUGAGGGAAGAGGCGCAGCCCCGCAUCGUGGCCCUCACGGAGGAGCUGUUCCAGGCGGCGGGGAGGAUCUCUGAGGAGGACGCGAGCGCGGCUGAGGUUGAGGAGUGUGCAGUCAGCCUGUGGAACUGGACUGUGACCAAACACACAGGAGCUGUUGUCAGUGAUGAGCAAAGAGCUAAACUGAGGUUUGUUGCUUGCAGACUGAUAUGCCUUUGUGAAGGCAAUGAUCCUUCAGAGGAAACUAUUCGAAGACAGAUUUUGAUGUCUAUGAAAACUGGGAAAGGCUGGCUAAAUAUUGGAAAAGCUGACCUUGCUGAUGGAUUUCUAGAGACUGCCAUGACUAGCAUAGAGAAGCUGUAUGCAAAGUUACGCAAGGGGAGUGAUGGUGAAGCAGAUAUUCAUGUGCACAGAGCUGAUGUGGAGAAGAACCUUUUCAAAGUACUCUCUUAUCAAGCUGAAUCAGCAGUUGCUCAAGGGGAUUUUCAAAGAGCUGUGAUGCAUGUGCAGCGCUGCAAAGAUAUGUUGGUGAACUUGCCAAAAGAAACCUGUUACCUCUCAAUCCUCUGUUACAAUUUUGGAGUGGAAACCUAUGAAGGGAAGAAGUAUGAACAGAGCUCCUUCUGGCUCAGCCAGAGUUAUGACAUAGGAAAGAUGGACAUGAAAUACUCUGUUGGCAAAGAAAUGCAGGCUAAAGUGCUGCGUCUGUUAGCGACAACCUAUAUGGCCUGGGAUUGUAGUCUGUACUUUGACAAGGCAUUGAAAGCUGUAAACUUGGCAAAUCAGGAGAAUUUGCAUCCAGCAGGGCUUUUUUUGAAAGUUAAAAUCCUUCUCACAAGUGGAGCAUCAGAUGAAGAUAUCAACUCAGCUCUUGCAGAAUUCCUGCACCUUGAGAUGUCUUUAGACUUAUGUUUGAAUACUGCCAAACUGCUGCUGGAGCAUGGAAGGGAAUCAGUUGGGCUUGGUUUUCUGAAAUCUGUUCCUGAACGAUUUGAGUCUUCACCUGACCUUGGAAAAAUUACCCUUCUCCACAUCGAGUUCCUGUUGCAGAACAAGAGGGAGCUGCUUGCUAAGCAAAAGAUUGAAGAAAUUAUUAUAGGUCAUUAUACUGGGAAACAGCUGCUGCCUGAAGCCUUGAAUCGGCUGCACAUCAUCUUGUGGGACAGAGCUGCCAAACAUUUUGAGGAGAAAAGCUAUUCUGAAGCCCUUCAAUGGUACAAUUACUCUGUGAGCUUCUACACACCUGGACAGAUAGAUCAGAACUUGGCUAAGCUACAGAGGAACAUGGCUUCUUGUUAUCUUCAUCUGAAACAAGUUGAUAAGGCUAAAGAGGCAGUUAAAGAAGCAGAGAGGUGUGAUCCAAACAGCAUCUUUACUAAAUUCAGUGUCUAUAAGAUUGCAGUGAUGGAGAACAAUACUGAUAAAGCUGUGGAAGCAGUUAUUGAAAUGGGGAAGCUAACAGAGAAGCCACCACAACAUGAAGACAACCCAAGAGUGGAUGAAAGUACAGGCACUAACCUUUUGAGUUUAGCUGCCCAAAUUGCUUUAGAGAAUGACCAGCAAAUUGUGGCUAUCAAAGCUUUGGAGUAUUUGUCUGAACAUUUACAAGACUAUCGACAAUUGUUCGCAGCCUUAAAAUGCCUGAUUCGUCUGAUGUUGUCAAAAGUCAGGGCAGAAGAUGAAGAGAAGAGAGAUGAAGAUAUCAACUCCAUACUGACUUACUUGAACUUGGCUCACAAGACACUUGCUGAGUCUUUCACAGAAGAGACAUUCACAGGGGACAUGAGGAUCCUUGAAGCUCACUGGUUUAGAAAAGUUGCUUGGAACUUAGCUGUGGAGUUCAAGGAUAGCCCUGAAAAGAUGAGGGAUUUUUUUCUAUUGUCUUUCAAGUUGUCCCAGUUUUGUCCUUCUGACAAGGCUGUUCUCCUUGCUCAGAAGACAUGCCUGUUAAUGGCAGCUGCAGUGGAUCUGGAGCUGGGGAGAAAACAAGUAACACCUUCAGAACAGACAGAGCUUUUCAGCCAGGCCCUUCAGCAUCUUCAGACAUGCAGGGAGAUAUGGAAGGUUCUGAAACUAACAGGAGACUUUGGCAAAGACCCAACAGACACAUUGUUGCUGCUUUAUGAAUUUGAAGCAAGAUCCAAACUGAAUGAUCCAACACUUCACAACCUGAUGGAGUCAGUUUGGGAGCAACCACAAAUAGAGAUCAAGACACUAGAAAUCAUUGCAUCAUUGGCAAUGGAAUCUCCAGCUCGGUACCCUGUGCUGUGUAAGAAAGCUCUCAAGAGUGCACUAAACCUUCACAGAAAGCAGCCUGUCAUUGAUGCUGUGAAAUUUAGCAAAUGCUUACAUAGUUUGAUUAAUGUUUCUUUGCCGACUGGAUUAACAGACUUGGACACCUGUGUGCUGCAGGAGGUGUGGGACUACUUUGAAGAUGCUCUGAGUGUAGUCAGCAGCACAGAUGCUUACCCAGAGAUGGAGAUCCUUUGGUUGAUGACAAGAGCCUGGAACACAGGAAUAUUUCAGUAUACUGUUGGAAAAUACAAAGAAGCUGAGCAGUGGUGUGAAUUGGGGAUGCGUUUCCUCAAUCGCUUGGGAUCUCUGAAGAAGAGCUAUGAAAGCCAUAUGAUUGGUCUUUAUAGUGAGGUUCUGGACAAACUGGACAGAGCGAAAGGAUUUAUUCCAAAUGAAGAAUAA